UUCAAGAUGGCGCUGCAGCCAGCUCAAACGCUGAGGGGAUUUAAUUAAUCUUUUUGCCCGGCGGCGACGUUAACCUCGCAGGAAAGGAGGAGAACAGCUUGUUGUUUUAAGACGCCGACGAGGAGCAUGUUACACCCGGUGAGUGUCAGGUAACGCUGAAGGCUAAAAUGGUAGCCCCUUCCUCCAGGAACAACAAAACCUGCUGCUGCCGUUGCUGCCGCGGAGCCGGGCCGACCGGGCAGGAGGACUCGUCGCAGGAUUUUGUGCCCGGGGCCGAGGCUCGCUCGACGGACUGAGUGGUUAUGGAAACGACGAAGGAGAACGGAGGGUCGUUUGCCGUCGAUUUGAACGAGAACGAAGAGGAAGGAGGAGGUCACAAAUCUUACAUCGCACUCAAAGACCCCAGCACAGCGCUGCUAGCCGGUGUCAGCGGGGGUCAGGAAGCUGGGAAGGGUCAUAUUUAUGUGACCGGUAACGGGAGGAAUGUAAACAGAGACGCCUCGGUACAGCCGCCCCCACACAACAGGGACAUAAUGUUGGAUUUGGUCGCGGCGGAGGAGUACCUCCCCGGACAGUUGGCUGGCAGCUGCGUGAUUUCGGGGGUUUGCGGCGACCACGGCGGCCUGAACGGAUUUACUGAGUCAUUCGGUCAGGAGGAGCAAGCGAUGGUCGGGCUGGAGGGAGGAGAAGGGGGAGGGCUCGGCCUCGCAGGGACCACAGUCGCUUCCUGUCCAGCUGUGCUCGGGGGUCGAGUUUCAUUGGAGAUGCGGCAGCACCCUGCGGGGAAGAGCGGAGGGGAAACCCCGGGUUCCGGCGACGUUACCCCGGUAGAAAAGGCGACUGGUGCCGGCUGCAUCAGGACUACUCUCCCCUUUGAUCGGCUGCCAUGCUCGGGGAAGCACCAGCGGAACUGCGCCUGCACCGCCGCGGCCCUCCAGUGUCCAGAUGUAAACAUGCCCAACGGGGAUGUUGACAGCCCCGCUUACGGCGGCCCCGAAGCGGAUAUCUCUUUCUGUAAACAGACAGGGGUGUUUUCCAGCCCGUUGCUUUUUGGCCAGAGACUCGGUUUACGCGACGUGGACUGUGAGGAAAUGAAAGUUGCCAACGGUGGUUUACACAUCGUGACUACAGCCAGAGCAACAUGUGACUGGCCCGACUCGGACUGUUCCCCCGAAAACAACAUUUAUUUCGACCAUGGGGCAACGCAGGAAAACGGGUCCGGGUCGGGACUUUGUCUGAGGAGCCAAAGCCACCGCCCCGGGGCAUUGGUGUCUCAGUGUCCGGAGGAGGAUGCCCCAGCUGCCGCAGAGCUCCCUCACUUCCUCGACUCCUCUUCCCCGGUCCCACCCGAGGACUCCCCCACCCUGGGAUCAAGUGCCAAACCCCCCUCGCCCUGCCCACCAACCCACUCCAACGUGAACGGUGACAGCCCGCUGUCUGAGCCCAACAUCAGGGAGGAUGAGGAGGAUUUCAGUGACCUCAGUUUACCCGUCAGGCCGCAGAGUUUGAGGACUAACCUCAACCUCGCGGUGUCCCUCAGCUGUGAUGCCACACCGUUAUCCCCCGACGACGAUGGGGGGUUUUAUUUUGGAGACGAAGGGUACGAGGAGGACUUCCGGAACGUGCUGGAAGCGGGUCGCAGACAGAGUGCCCCGGACAAGCUGCCAGACCUGACCGAGCAGACAGACAGCUCGGACCCCAAGCUGAUGCCAAAGAGGUUCGGCAUCGCUGAUUUCUUCACCAGGAGCCUGUUUUCUAGGAAAUCCAAAGAGCCCAAGGCGUCGUCCCAUAAUGCAACAGGGUGGCGACUGUUUGGCAAAACAGCAGCCAGAGAGGAUGCUCCACCUACAGACCCUGACUCCACAUCGCCCACACAGCAGGAGGACAAGGGAAAGGACUCGGAUGUGUCCAUGUGUCCUCAGCUUCCCUCAGCGACAGCAAGGAGGAAGAACCUGGAGUUUGAGCCUCUCUCCACCACAGCUCUCAUCCUGGAGGACCGGCCAGCGAACUUACCUGCCAAAUCUUUGGAGGAAACUCAGAGACACAAAAUGGAGUACGAGGAGAUGGUGGCAGGAGCAAAGAGAAGAGAGAUGAAGGAAGCUCAGAGGAAAAAGCGUCAGAUGAAGGAGAGACAUAGACAAGAGGACAGCAUCUCCAACGCCAUGGUGGUCUGGAACAACGAGAUCCUGCCGCACUGGGACACCAUGAAGGGAACGAGGCGGGUCAGGGAGCUCUGGUGGCAGGGACUUCCUCCCAGUGUGAGAGGAAGAGUGUGGAGCCUCGCCAUCGGCAACGAGCUCAACAUCACACCAGAGCUGUAUGAGAUCUUCCUGUCCAGAGCCAAAGAGAAGUGGAGGAGUUACAGUGAAACCAGUUCAGUCAACGACAGUGAGAGCGACGGAGGAGCAUCUCUGGCUGACAGAGAGUCCAGUCUGGACCUCAUCAAACUAGACAUUUCCAGAACUUUCCCCUCUCUCUUCAUCUUCCAGAAGGGCGGUCCCUACCACGACCUCCUCCACAGUGUACUGGGGGCGUACACCUGUUACAGACCAGACAUUGGCUAUGUCCAGGGCAUGUCAUUCAUUGCUGCUGUGCUGAUCCUCAACCUGGAGGAGGCUGAAGCCUUCAUCACCUUCGCCAACCUGCUCAAUAAACCCUGUCAGAUGGCCUUCUUUAGAGUCGACCACGAACUGAUGUUGAAGUAUUUUGCAGCCUUUGAGGUUUUCUUUGAGGAGAAUCUGCCUCGUCUCUUCAACCACUUCCAAACCAACAACCUGACCCCUGACCUCUAUCUGAUCGACUGGAUCUUCACUCUGUACAGUAAGUCUCUCCCUCUGGACGUGGCGUGUCGGGUGUGGGAUGUCUUCUGCCGGGACGGGGAGGAGAGCUUGUUUCGGACGGGGCUGGGUAUCCUGCGUCUGUUCGAGGACGUCCUACUCCAGAUGGACUUCAUCCACAUCGCUCAGUUUCUUACGCGCCUGCCGGAGGACCUGCAGUCGCACACUCUCUUCACUGCCAUGGCCAACACUCACAUGAUCAGCAGGAACCGCCGCUGGGCUCAGGUGUUUUCUGCACUGAUGAAGGACGGAAAUAAAGAGAUGGACAAAAACACCAGCCCGGCUUUGAGAAGCUAACACUAGCUAACCUUGACGCUAACGCCACCUUUCUUCAAACUAAUCAUCGAGCUGUGAAGGUUGAAGCUGGUGCUAGCCAGCCACAAGAGGCUAAUUGCAAAGCUUGAAGCUACGUAGCCUGAAACUUCCAUUCCAGAGGCGUCGCUACGGAGCUUGAAGUGAACAUGAGCCAGCUGUGAAGGUGGGAGCUGAACUUUUUAGGCCACAGACGAGCUGCUAGCCUGAGCAUCCAGUCAGGUGAAGGAGAAGUCUGUGCUGGAACCAGAGCGGGAAACCAAAGUGGUUGGUUAGUUCUAAACUUCAGCAGCCAUUGUCAGUAUUUCACCAGACAGAUUUUGGAGACUGGUUGUUUGAGCAGCAGUGUCACUAAUCUACCAGCCUAAAGCUGGAAUAUUAAAACUGACUUUCAGAUGAUAUUCUGUGUUAUUUCCUCUGCCGGCUGGGAGGGAAAACUCACUCGCUUGUGGAAAUUCUGCCUCCCUGUCGGGACUUUAAACACCACUAACACCGAGCAUUGCGCCCUGUGUAAUUCUCAAAGACUCAAAUUCUAAUUUUCGGUGCUAAUGAUUUUCUAAAGGCUUCAAAAUGACCUCUGUGGUUUAAUUAUUAAUUAUUAUGUAGGUCGUUGUGGUUUAAGUUCACACUAUUUAAUUUGCUGCAUAUUUUUUAGCUUGAACUCUGGAUCUAAAAAAUGAUGGGAAUCUGCAGUAGCAUGGCUGAUGCUAAUAUACUAGCUGAUAAAUUAGGCUCCCACUUUAACCACCUAGCUUUUUAAAAAUGUUCAUCUGUAGGCAAAUAAAACAGAAUAUGGGACAUUUGGGCGGGAAGAAAACAUUUUGUACAAUGUAGUCUUUCUAGUAAUUAUUAAGGAAUCAAAUAAUACACAUCUCAUCAGUGAUCCUAAUCAAGUACGAGCAGAUUAUGACUAAAUAUUUUGUGAUUUUGAUGUUUUUACAGGAAGUCAAUUAUUCCAUGGUCCACUGGGCUCAAGACGUCUUUUCUACACGUGUUAAAUACUUUAUCCUUAAUAUCAAAAUCAAACUGUUAAUGUGCAGAAAGUUAGUGAUGGUGGAUAUAUGAAUCCACUGUCAUUGUUAGUGUUCAACCGGACAGAUUUUAGAUGUUAGUUCUGCCGGUAAUUCAUCAACAUGAAUUCAUAAAAGGUGGAUUCAUAUCCAAAAGGAGCUAAAAAGACAAAAGUAUUUGCUUUUGAUCAUGUUUUUUGGGUCAGAAAUAUAGCAGUGUGAGGCUGUUGCAGUUCAAUCAGUGUUCCAAGGAUCCAGAUUUACCCUCAGAGCACUUUAUACAUGCAGCACUGAAGCUACAACAUGAACACUGGCUGUCAGAGGUGCAAAACUACACUGAGCGAGCUCAAAUAGAUUAACAGGGCAUUAAGUGCCUCAUUGUUUCCUCUGUCAGCGGUUAGAGGGAAUCAAACUAGACGACCAAGUUUGCCAGUUAGAGCAGAUUAGGUAGGAACAUUUAGGUAAAACAUCAUGCAGAUAUAGGAGCAGCAAUACCGUAUUGGCUUUUUAGCUUUUGCUAGUUUCAGCUUGAGAAUGAAGCUUUUUAGUCUUUGCAGCAGAACUUUUCUCACUUGUUCUAAAAAGAAGUUUAUAUUGAGGAACAGUGCUUCAAGAAUGCCCGCACAUGUUACAGCAUUUCCAUACAAGGAAGUUAGUUUGGCAAAAAAAUUUUUUGAACAUAAUAUCUUCCUCUUAAACUUCAGAUUUUGUCUCAACAAACUUUCCUCUAUUGGUAUGUUUAGUUCAGAGUCUGCUGCUGACCUGACUUCACAUGCUGAUAUACUGCCCCCACUGUUUAAUGGCUGCACUGCAGAGUGCAGACACAUGACUAAAAAUUAGCCAGUUCAUUAAUUAGUUGAUCGACAGCCGUUUUGAUAAUUGAUGACUAGUAGAAUUCUCUUUUUGCACUGUUGGAUGGACAAACAAGACAUCUCUGGACAUCGUUUUGUGAAAUUUGACAUUUUCAAAAAAUGUUUUCUGACAUUUUAUAAAUGAAAUAAAUAAGAAUUAUGCAAUUGUUGAUUGCUGAUUAUUUUUUCGAUUAACUGUUCGCAAAGAAAAUGUCAGAAAAUCAUACAAAAUGUGAAAAAACAGUUUAUGAGAGCACAAAAUAAUGUCCUCAAGUUGCUUGUUUUGUUUGGCCAACAGUACAAAACCCAACAACAUUCAGUUUAAUAUCAUAGAAUCUAAAAAAAAAAACUACAAAAAUAUUCAUAUUUGAGAGUUUGGAAACAGCAGCGUUGUUAUAUUUUUGCUUAAAAAUGGAGUAAGAACAGUUUUAGAUGAACUGUUUCUACAACAGGAACCGUUUUCUGAUUAUUUUCUCAAUACUUGAUUAAUCGAUGAAAAUAAUCUUAACUUUUAGGGGCACACUCUGUAUGAACAUACGUGGGGUAGCUAUCAUGUGUCAGUAAAAACAAGUACUUAAAUGCUUUAAAGUACUGACUGCAGCAACAUAGCUAAACUUAGCUCUCCGUGCUAGAAGCCCUCAGUGAUCCCACGUGUUAAAAUCUGAAUUAUAAUCUCAGAGACAGUUCGUCACCCCGUCGGGUCUCGCGGCCUGUUGAAGUGCUUUACCGUCUCCGCUCUGUCACUUUGUGUCCAACACUCCUUUGAUUUACACACACUAUAAAUGUAACCUUCACCUCCAUUUCAUCCCUACCUCUCGACAACCUGUCAGCACACCCGCACACACACUACUGAUGGCGAAUACUUUCCACUUACCCACCAGCAAAUGAGCAGGCCUUAAAAACGUGGACCAAGCAGCCACUACACUCACAGUGUGAACUACCGUGUCGACUGCAGCUCUUUCCCCUGGUUGUUGAAGCGGAGAACUCACCAGAGAUGAUGAGGCAGUAGAAACAGGAGAGGGUUUUAUUUUUAUAUAAACAUGUUAAUCUGGUUAUUAAGUUUCUUUUCAGUUUGUGAAAACUAUCCAGAUCUCCCUAAUUUUAGUAGUGAGUGAAUACAGUGAGAGACCUCCAGGUUGUCUCUCUUCUGGUGAGUUUUUCUGCACUGUACUAACGUCACACCAAUUGACUCCACGAAUAAGGGUUUGUUGUUGUACAUCAACCAACCAGAAGCCAGUAUGCGUGUGUCCAGUAUUGUUUUUUCUUUGUGGGAGGGGAUUAAACUCAUCAUCCAGCCAUGUUGUAUGUGUUGAUGGUCUUAUGAACGAACUGCUAAACGCUGCGUUCAUUGAAUCACAUGGUUUAGAUUCAGCGGAGGUGAUUUAAAUGUAUACUGUUUUUGUUUCAAACUGCUUUACGUUCCUUUACAAAACUACAAAAUUCCUACAAAUUCUCACACCUCAUAUCCUCUCUCAUCUAUUUAGGAAUUUGACCAAAGUGUUAACGAAGCACUUGACCAUAAAAGAUAGAGACUGGGAAUUAAGUCAGAAUCACAAUGAGUUUUUCCCAGACUGAGUUAGCAAUACAGGUGUUGGAAGCAGCUUGAUUUCAUGCAGUUAAACAUACAUAAUAGUCACAUGCAUCAUCCAGUGCAUGUCCUUCGAGUCUAUCAAAGAGCAUCAGCUACAUGUCCAAAAAAGUUGAAGGCUUUCUCUCACAUCACUUUGAUUGCUCUGUUAGAAACGGCACUUCCUCAAACUCUAAAAACACCUCCAGUGGAUCUACACACUCCUGUCUUAGGUAACAAUAAUCAAUCAGUGAAGGCAAGAUUAACUAAUUAGCACUUUGUGAUCAUGAGCUGUUUUUUAUUUCUUUUACAGGUACACUAAUUAUACUGAGUGCACUGACGCUCCGUAAUGAACUUUGAGUGAAAUGCAGAGAAACAAACGUAAUGAAGUCAUUUCCCAUUAAGAUAGUGUCAGUUUAAAAGGUAAUAGUUUCACAAUAAUAAACAUGUUUAUUCUCCAGGUUUCCAUUCAUGUUAUGUUUUUCUUUUAAAAUCUGGUGUCCUAACACAAACCAGGUGUGACCAAUGUGACUCUGUGGUUGGUUUUUGUAUGAAAACACUUUCUGAAUUCUUAUUUUCAACACAUCUGAGUGUUUUUUUUAAUAGCUUGAUGGACUGUUUUUCUCAAAAUCAAUUUGCAACAAAAUAGCGAACAAUAAUGUUUAAUUCCGUUGAUUUUAGGUUGGAUUUGACCAAAAUCAAGCUUAAAAUCCAAAACUGGAAAACAAAUAAACUUGUAACAUGAAUUCCUUUGUGAUAAUCGUAACAUUUUAUUUUAAGGCCUUUUUUUUAAGAAGAUAUUUUUAGAUUGAUACUGUCAAUUGUUACAGUUUUAUUCCAGUAUUAAUGUGUAUGAUACACUGUCUGAAUGUCAUGUCAAUUAAUUACAAAUAAUUGUUUUUCUGAAAAUCUGCUUAAAGUGCGUCUAAAUCAGUUUUUAAAUUAAAAUGUUUAAUUAAAAACAAAAAAAUUAAGUUACACCACUAAGCAGAUUUAUCAAAUGUUUUUUUUAAAAACUGUUUUCCAGUAUCCAUGCUCAGCAAUGAUCCUCGCUCAUUCUGAGUGAACAAACUGGUAUAAAACAUCAGCUGUUGUUAGUGUGUACUUUUUAAACACCUAAUAAAACUACGCGUGAUCCCAAACUAGACACACAGGUGUGUUGAAGAUGAGAGGCUACUAUCUGUGUGUUUGUACUCAUCUUCACUCUUUUAGACUCCUCAACAUGGAAGAUAAAAGUGCAAUAUGGACUUGUUCUAAGGCAGGAGAUACACUGACAGUAACUCAGUGUACGCACGCAGAAUCCUCACUCCAGAUUAUUGAUGAAAUGUUCAGAGAGCUGCAGAGGGAAGCUGCAGAGGGAAGAUGAGAUGAAGUGAUAUUACUCCCUCAUAUGUUCCAUGUAUUCCUUUUUUAUUUAAGUUGCAUGGUCGCUCUCGGUUGUAUUUUAUACUUUCAUGUACAUUCAUUUAGCUUUUUAUGUUUGUCUUAUGUGUGUUUUAUUGUUUUCUUGUUAAAUUUCAGUGUACAGUUUUGUUUUCAUAAUGCCUUACAGGUGAUGUAAAUAAUCUGUAAAAAUGUUCUUUCUUUUCAUAUAAUGGCCACUAGUUGAAUGUGUAAAUAAAUAUCUCAGCAAACUGA